AUGUCGAUGAAAAUGCCUUCCCUGGAGGAUGACCAGCGAUUUGCGCUGAUGAAGUUUCGCCGGCAGGUGGCCGAUGUCCUGAAACCGGAGCACGAUGAUUACUAUCUGCUGCGCUGGCUGCGAGCACGCAACUGGAACCCUGAGGCAGCGGAGAAGAUGCUGCGCGACUCGAUGAAGUUCCGCGAACGCUGGAAUACAGAUGAGAUCGCCAAGUGGCCCACGCCCCAGAUCCUGCUCGACUACAGCCCCCACGGUGUGUCGGGCUUCGAUAAAGAAGGAUCGCCGAUCAUCAUCAUCCCAUUUGCCGGGUUCGACAUCUGGGGCCUGCUGCACAGUGUGUCCCGGGCCGACAUCAUCCGCAUGACGAUGCAGUCGCUCGAAGGCUACAUGCAGCUGGCGUACGAGCAGAGCAAGAAGACAAACAACCCUAACAGCCGACAGUUUGUGGUGGUGUUUGAUAUGGACAACUUUAACCUGAAGCAGUACAUCUGGCGUCCGGCGAGUGAGGUUGUGAUCUCCCUGAUCAAGAUGUACGAAGCGAACUAUCCGGAAAUUCUUAAGUGCUGCUACAUCAUCAACACACCGAAGGUGUUUGCGUUCGCGUACAAUAUGGUGAAGAAGUUCCUGGGCGAAUACACGAUCGACAAGAUUCGGAUCUUCAAGCCCGAUCGGAGCAAGUGGUUGCCAUCGAUAUUGGAGCGAUGCGAUGCGGAUCAAAUCCCGGCAUACUUCGGUGGCACUCAAACCGAUCCGGAUGGUAAUCCAAAGUGUGAGAAAAAGAUUUGCUGGGGUGGCAAGGUACCGAAGGAGCUGUACACUUCGAAGGAGGAUAGUUUCAACAACAAUUUAAGCUUUACGGAAACGGAGAUCCGGAAGGGUAGCAAGCUGAAGCUGACGUUCGAUUGUGAAGAUGCUGGAUGUUUCUUGAAAUGGGAAUUCCGUACGUUCGAUCACGAUAUCAAGUUUGGCGUCAAGUGCGUGAACAAGAAGACGGAAGAAUCGAUCAUAGAGGUACCGCUGAAGCGGGUGUCCUCCCAUCAGGUAGACGAGUCUGGAUUUAUCACCUGCCAACCGGGUUGUACAUAUCAUGUCCUGUUUGACAAUUCGUACUCGUACUUCAAGACGAAAAAGAUUCGUUACUCCGUCCUCAUGACGGCACCGCUCAGCGAUGUGGAACAGACGAUGGCGCCGAUUGCCAUUACGGAAGAAACAUCACCGGAAGAGAACGAUUCGACUGAAGAUUCUGCGCUAUAG